AUGACUCCGAGUCGGACUAGCAAACGCACGGCACUACCGAUUGACGAACCGCCCUCGAAGCGCAUAAGGAAUGACUCGAAUGGGACAUGUGUGCCAUCCCCACUUGAGGAUGCAGGGACGUGGUCUUUCCUAGAACGAUACCUCAAGUCCGAAUUAUCCUACGGACAGGCGGAAGAGGGAUUGAUAUCAUACCUUGGCAAUCGAUACCGCGAGGAUGACUGGAGAGAAGCCAAACUUGCGGUAUUCUCUGGUGAUGGCGAUGACUACGAAGCUAUGAAUAAUUUGAUGGCCUUGAAAAGAAGUGCAAACGAGGAAGCAGGAGAAGGUGUCGACGAGGAGGAGGAGGAGGAGGAGGAGGAAGAAGAAGAAGAGGGGUACGAGUAUGGCCUCCCUGCGCGUCCACGACAAGUCACGACCCUGCCGGGACCAUCAGCUAAACAUAUGUUGUCUAAGAGAAUCGAUGAGAUCUUCAAUGCAUACGACACUCAAGCUCAUGCUUCCAGGCCACCAGGAAGGCUCGGAUGCAUUCCUUACAGAGCUGCCUGGUCCUCCGACACGAUCGACAACAGGAUGUAUUUGCUUAACGUUCACAGAACUGUCACGGACUACGUCGCAGAACGCCUUCGGAGUAAAAAAAUCUCCGUUAUCGUGUCCCCCUGGGUACCGGGACAACUUUACAUGGUCUCAGAGAGUCCCCGGGCCAUCGCAUCAUCACUCCCGACAUCACACAGACUCUCCGUGAAAGAUUAUUUUCGGAUCUCGGACGAAGAACGUGCGGUAGUCGAACAUCCACAAUCCCAACUGCCAUCUAGUCCAGGGUGGGUAAGGAUCAUAUGUGGCAAGUACAAGAACGCCAUGGCCUACGUCACAAAUUUGAAGCCGGCAAACGAGUCGCCAUCUGGUCACCCUCUUGUCUGGGUCUUAGUUGCUUUACGAGACUUUCCCUAUCCUAUGCCUAAGGGAUCUGUGGCAUUACUGGACCGAUCUCGCCUUCCAACUGGCAAUGCAGUAUCUGAUAUCAUUCGUGAUGGGAAGGUUGUGGGAUGUUCGUAUAAAGGAGAAGAGUAUUACCAGGGGCUGUUACUAAAGAGUUUUCACCGCGAUCUCUUAAACAUUGUCGAGACCCCUCAUCCCGACGAAAUUCGACUGCAUAUUGAUUCUGGAUGGGACAGACCCUCCAUGAAGAUAGCUGAGCGGGCAUUUUCGCUGGAGUUCUUGCGCAUGGGCGAUUCAGCCAGGGUCAUCAUCGGGGAAUUUGGCGCAGAGAUCGGCGAAGUAGUCUCGACAGACCACACAUUUCGUUCUGUCCGUUUGGAAUACAACAUCGAGGGAGACAAAAUACAAUCAGAAGUUCGACUCCAGGACAUCGAGCACGUGUUUUGGGUUGGCGAUACUGUCAGAGUCGUAGCGGGUAUAUACUUAGGUUUAGAAGGCCACAUUGUUCAAAUGACGGACGACAUAUUUCACAUUUGUCAAACCUCUACGAAGGAAGAGCAUAUAGGGAAAUGCGGUAUUGUAGACUGGUUUCCUUCGGGAGGGACCAUGCUGUGGUUCCGGGAUGCAAACCCUAUGCCGACCACUGGUGACGAUACAAACAUAGGACCCCCGAGUAUUCAAGUUCCUGCAGUCAUGGUUCAACGGAUCCGCCUCCCCCCAACAAUCAAAUUCACAAAAGACAGGGGUUAUGAUGUCAGACCUGGGGAUGUGGUGAGUGUCGCUCGUGGGCCGGAGUAUGAGGCGACAGGGAUCGUACAAAGUGUCAACGUUCCAGAGGCUUGCUUGACAAUACUGUCCACCCGUGACCACACAAUCAUCAACGUACCUAUCAGAUUCGUGAUGAAAUUGCGCAAUGCGAAUGUGGACUCAUUCAAUCACGUUAUCGGUAAAGAAGUAUUCGUUGUUGGUGGUAACCUGAAGGGCUACCGAGCUACACUGUACAAUAUUGGGCGCAAGGAUUGUGCUGUUGCAAUACAUGGACAGAAGCGUACGACACUCAAACGUUCCGAUGUCGUUACCAGCUCGUUGUCCUCUGAUGUCUUGUCCCACUGGACCGCCAACCCCGAGGAUAUUGACUUAGCGCUCAGCCCCUCCGAGCCGGCAACAGACAAUCAGACCGCUAAUCUCAACUCAUCAGCAUCCGACCCUUGGACUAUCAACGAGGGCGAUAUCUGGGACAACAUUGGGGCUAGAGCCGAGAAACAUGGAGACAACGGCUCACUAUCCUGGUUGAUGAAGAAGGAGUUUUCUUCGACAUUGCUUACACAUCAUGCAUUGUUGAAAGUCUCGCCAAGGUUUGAGCAGGGCAGGUUAUGCAAACGAUUCGUAUCGACUGCGUGUCCCGACCCCUUCUGCGGCGCUAAUGGACCAGCACCUGAGGGGUUUGUCGCAGUAUUCUGCACAUCCAACGGCGCAGGGGCUCGGAUACAGCACUAUCAUGUUCCCGCCAGUGAUCUUAGCCCAGCUCAUCCACGCAAAAAGAAUCAGCAUUGCCUCGUUUUGGACGGGGAGUAUCGCGGGCUCGUCCUACCUGUGUCGAAAUAUAUGUCUUGUGGAACUCACACAGCACCGACUCGGAUAGAUGGUAAUGCAUUUGUUCACACUUGUAACUGCCGGUUCAUGGAUGCAUACCGUACUAGUAAAGGAUUGAAUUGCACAUCUGCCGCCGAGUCCUCGGUGCGGCUCAUACUAUCACUCACCUUCAAGUUCUGA